AAAGACCAGUGUGCAGUCGCUGCAGUCUCCUCCACGCUGUGAGUGCGCAGCGCCUGCAUAGAUCGGUCCCAUUUGGAACUUAAGCCAACAUUGCAUGAACUUGCGUACCUUUACUGCUGUUUUCUCGGCCGUGAACGACCUUCAUAGUUCCGCUGUGGCUGUUUCCAGCAGAUAGUCCGACCCCGAAAACCGUGGGGACCAGAGAAGAGAGAAGCUGCGGGAGUGGCCUGGAAACAUUUGCCAUCAUGAGUAUGCAAACAGUCAACCUUGAUACCUACAGCCUGUCGCUGCUCACGGCCAAAGAGGACAUCCUCAACACCCGGUCCUCCACUAACUGGGCAUUAUUCGCAUAUGCUGGAGUCAGCAACAAGCUCAAACUGGCUGACUCAGGAGUGGGUGGUGUGGCAGAGUUGGUAGAAAAGUUUAAUGUGUCCAAGGCCCAGUAUGGACUGUGCAGAGUGGGAAGUGCGGAGACAGGAGGCCACCGGAUUGCUAUGAUCUUCUGGGUCGGCCAAAAUGUGGAUGACUACCGGAGGACAGAAUGUGCCAGUCACAUUCCAGCCAUCAAAAACUUUUUCAAGGAAGCACAUGCCUUCAUUAAGGCAGAGAAGGUGGAGGAUGUGACAGAGGAGAAUAUAAGAGGUGAACUCAGCAAGACCCAGGCCCAGGCUCCCCCACAGUGGGUGAGGAGGAGCUCCAGGUCUGUGGAAAAGGAGGACAUUGUGGGUACAAACUACAGAAAAACUAACGCUGCAAUGGAGAUGAGACUAAUCAACAGAGACUCCUUCUGGGCACGUGCAGAGCGUGAGGAAGAACAGAGGAAGGAAGAGGAGAGGAGACGAGCAGCAGAGGACAGACGACGGCUUGAAAGAGAAAGAAUUUUAAAGGAUCGAAAAGAUGCAGAAGAAAGAGACAGAAAGAUGAAUGAGAAACUGCAGAUGAUUGAGGAUCAGAGAAGAAAGCAAGCAGAAAAAGAAGAAGCGCUGCGCAGAGAGGAAAAAUUAAGAUGGAAGCAGCAGCAGAACGAGCAUGAGGAGGACAUGAGGGCUCGUCUGAGACGGAGUGAGUCCAUAGAGAAAGCAGCAGAGGCAGCAGUAUUAGUGUCCCAACGCUCCAUGAACCCUAGGGAGUUCUUCAGGCAGCUGUCAUCAUCAUCAUCACAAAGUCCAACCAGCCCUGGAUCCUCCCGUACUGGCAAACCAUUCAGACGAUACCAGCGCAGCCUGACAGACACAGCUUUCAUCUUCUCUAAAACAGAGGAGAGUACGGCAUCUUCCCCUAGUUCUCCCCUGGUCUCCCCCUUCUCCCGGGCCUCACCCUCCCCCUUUUGCCGUUCCACAUCUCCACCCAUAAGCCCUGAUUUCCGCCCUGUCACCUCUCCACAAAGCUCCAGAGCUCCCAUGUCACCGCCCACAUCACCACUUCGUUCUGCCCCUCAACUUUCAGCCCUGCCUGCUGUCCCACCACCUAACCACCAAGUUCAGCCUGCUGAUGAGCCCAGAGCUCCAUCACCCACAGAACCUUCUGCACCUCCAGCCUCCCCCAAUCUUUUGGCUUCCUUGUCCUCCAGUUACGAGAAAAACAACCCCUCUCAGUCACAUCUGGAUGAUCUGCCUGUUUUACCCCCAAAUACCCCAACUGAGCCAGAGCCCUCAACUUUCUGCUUCGAGCCAGGUCUAACUCCACAGGCUCCAACAGCUCCUCUUCCUGAGAGACCACAGCCAAACACAGAACUACAUACAGCCCCACAUGUGCACACUGAGCUGGUCUCAGACACUGGCUACAAAGUGCAGGCUGUACUGAUAGAGGAGGAGGAGGAGGAGGAGGAAGAUGAGGUGGAGGUGAACGAGGAAGAUAAGUUCAGAACACAACCGCAGCCUUGUGCCUUCACUACAGAACCAGUCCAGACUGAGGUGGAGGAGCAGGAGCAGGUGGAGGAGAAGUACGAUCAGGUGGAGGAGAAGUACGAUCAGGUGGAGGAGAAAUACGAUCAGGUGGAGGAGGAGUACAAUCAGGUAGUGGAGCAGGAGCAGGUGGAGGAGCAGUUCGAUCAGAUUGAGGAGGAGUACGAUCAGGUAGAGGAAGAGAAGAAUGAGCAGAAGGUGGAGGAGAAGGAUGUGCAGCAGCAGGAGGAGGAAGAGGUGGAGGGGGGAUCAAAACAGGACAUUGAACCUGCAUCACUAAAGGAGCUUUUGGAGGUGCAACAGGAGGAAGAAGAGGCAAAGGAAGACAGAGAGCUGAAUGACCAAUCAGAAGACAGCCGGGCCCUUGCUGAACCUGCUGAGCUCACAGAGAAAGAGAAAGAACCAGCAAUAAAAGAUGUCGAACCAAUUCAUCAAGAAAUCAAACAUGAGGUUGUGAUCCCAUCAACCAAUGGGAUCACAAAUGGAGACGACACACAGGAACAGAAUGGCAUAGAGCGAUCUUUGAGCCCAUCUGACACUGAACUCAGCUCCCCAGAGCUAGCUGUGUGCUACGAUCUCCAUGGCACAGCAGAGGAUGAUGACAUCAAUGAGGAUAAGGAACAGGAGAUCUCACAAAAUGGACAAGAGGUUUUAGCUGAGCGACAAAUGUGCGUCCGAGCUCUGUAUGACUACCAAGCAGAGGAUGAAUCUGAGAUCUCCUUUGAACCUGGUGACAUCAUCAGGGAUGUGGAAACGGUGGACAAAGCCUGGUGGAGGGGGUGGAGCAAAGAUGGUCGACAAGGCCUGUUCCCUGCCAAUUAUGUGGAGACCAUAUAGGCAGACAGACACACAGACACACACACACACACACACACACACACACACACACACACACACACACACACACACACACACACUCAGGGACACCUUCACCACUCACAUUCAUGCAUGCUUUUACCUUAAUCAUCCCACUGAAUCUUUGUAUUCUCUAUUUUGAAGAAAGCAUAAAGAAAAAUGUGACUCUAUUUUGAUGUUUGAAAAAAACUAAAUAUUCUCACAAGUAUGCAGAAAUUACCCUGCCUCAUUUUCUUGGAUGAAAUAGCUGAGACCUUUUCCUGGACCAAAAUAACUUAUUUCCUCUUGAGAUACUGUAGGAAUGUUGGUGGGAGGGAUCAGAUCAUGAUGACAAACGAUCACAAACUUGCUUUUCUAGUAAGAAACACAAACAGAUUUUGAUAGUGUAUAGUCUUCCUUUUGAUCCACACAUAUAACAAGCCUUCAAUUCCGCUCACUGUUUGCUUUGUGUGCUACAUUGCUAAAAAAUAAUUUACUGCUCUUGACUGGUAUAUAUAAUCAAGAUACAUGUAUCACACAUCACCUUAUAAUCAUAUUCCUGUAUUUUGUUGAGUUAUUUUCAAGUACUAUAUCUGUUACUGACAGCCUCCCAGCACAUUUUAAUUACCUAUUGAAAAACAGACAGCAGCAUAUCUUUAACAAGCAGAGGAAAAAGGCACUGCAUCUGUAUUUCUCCAUCACUCUUUGAGACAACGUUGUAUUUUGUUCACAUGGUCAUGUCCUUCCAUACAUUUUGCGUGUAAGUCUGUGAUUAUUUUUUGUUCUAGAUUUUAAGAAAUUAAAAGAAUAUGUUGUCACACAGAUGAUAUACAAACAAAAUCUUCCUCCAACUUUAAUCUAAUGUAAUAUCUUUAUACAUUACACUGUAUAUAAUAAUGUAUAGAAAAACAAAUAUCUUCUCUUUUUCUAUACUUGGCUUGUAUGUUUGUAUGUUGUAUGCUUGUUUGAUCUCAUGUACGUUCUUUGUAUUUACUCCAAACUUACAAAUAUAUAGCAUUUUUAAACUCAAAAGGUUUCAUUAAAAUGUUUUUAAUUUUCUCUGUUACUCUUCACAUUUACUGUUUUCAAUGGGCAAACAGAACCA